UGCCUUAAAAUCCCUGCAGGUAUCUCCUUAUCCCAUAACUUAAGUGUCCUGAAAUCUGAGGAUUCCACCAAUGUAAUAUGAUAGGAACUUUCAGUGAUUUGGAGCCAUAUCCUACCUAGACUAAUGCAGGACUUGCAGAUUUCCUGAGAGCUUGGUACAGUGGCACACACCGAAGCGAAUCCACACGGGCAAUAAUGCCAUCUCUGCCUCAAGAAGGAGUUAUUCAGGCACCCUCUCCCCUGGAUUUGAAUACAGAAUUACCUUAUGAAAGCACAAUGAAAAGGAAAGUCAGAAAGAAGAAAAAGAAAGGAACCAUUACAGCAAAUGUUGCUGGGACAAAAUUUGAAAUCGUUCGUUUAGUAAUAGAUGAAAUGGGAUUUAUGAAAACUCCAGAUGAGGAUGGAACAAGUAACCUUAUAUGGUGUGAUUCUGCUGUUCAAGAAAAUCAAAAGACUGUACCAAAAUGUAAGAUCGCAGAGCUACAGAAUUACCAGAGAAUCAACCAUUUUCCAGGAAUGGGGGAGAUUUGUAGAAAGGAUUUCUUAGCAAGAAAUAUGACCAAAAUGAUCAAGUCUCGGCCUCUGGAUUAUACUUUUGUUCCUCGAACAUGGAUCUUCCCUGCUGAAUAUACUCAAUUUCAAAACUAUGUAAAAGAGCUGAAGAAAAAACGGAAGCAGAAGACUUUUAUAGUAAAACCAGCUAAUGGUGCAAUGGGUCAUGGAAUUUCUUUGAUAAGAAAUGGUGACAAACUUCCAUCUCAGGAUCAUCUGAUUGUUCAAGAAUACAUCGAAAAGCCUUUCCUAAUGGAAGGUUACAAGUUUGAUUUGCGAAUUUAUAUUCUGGUAACAUCCUGUGACCCGCUAAAAAUAUUUCUCUACCAUGAUGGACUCGUGCGAAUGGGAACAGAGAAGUACAUUCCACCCAAUGAGUCCAAUUUGACCCAGUUAUACAUGCACCUGACAAACUACUCUGUGAACAAGCAUAAUGAGCGUUUUGAACGGGAUGAAACUGAAAACAAAGGCAGCAAACGUUCUAUCAAAUGGUUUACAGAAUUCCUACAAGCAAACGAACAUGACGUUGCUAAGUUUUGGAGUGAUAUUUCAGAAUUGGUGGUCAAGACUCUGAUUGUAGCGGAACCUCAUGUCCUGCAUGCCUAUCGAAUGUGCAGACCUGGACAACCUCCAGGAAGUGAAAGUGUCUGCUUCGAAGUCCUAGGAUUUGAUAUUUUGUUGGAUAGAAAACUAAAGCCAUGGCUCCUGGAGAUUAAUCGAGCCCCAAGCUUUGGAACUGAUCAGAAAAUAGACUAUGACGUAAAACGGGGGGUGCUGCUGAAUGCACUGAAGCUGCUAAAUAUCAGGACUAGUGAUAAAAGGAGAAACUUGGCCAAACAAAAAGCUGAGGCUCAAAGGAGGCUUUAUGGUCAAAAUUCAAUAAAACGGCUCUUACCAGGUUCCUCAGACUGGGAACAGCAGAGACACCAGUUAGAGAGGCGGAAAGAAGAGUUGAAAGAGAGACUUGCUCAAGUACGAAAGCAGAUCUCACGAGAAGAACAUGAAAAUCGACAUAUGGGGAAUUAUAGACGAAUUUAUCCUCCUGAAGAUAAAACACUACUUGAAAAGUAUGAAAAUUUGUUGGCUGUUGCCUUUCAGACCUUCCUUUCAGGAAGAGCUGCUUCAUUCCAGCGAGAGUUGAAUAAUCCUUUGAAAAGGAUGAAGGAGGAAGAUAUUUUGGACCUUCUGGAGCAAUGUGAAAUUGAUGAUGAAAAGCUGAUGGGAAAAACUACCAGGCCUCGAGGACCAAAGCCUCUGUGUUCAAUGCCUGCAAGUACUGAGAUAAUGAAAAAACAGAAAUACUACAGCAGUGACAGCAGUUAUGACAGUAGCAGCAGCUCUUCAGAGUCCGAUGAAAAUGAAAAAGAAGAGUAUCAGAAUAAGAAAAGAGAAAAGCAAGUUACAUAUAAUCUUAAACACUCCAGCCACUACAAAUUAAUUCAACAAUCUAGCUCCAUGAGGCGUUCAGUCAGCUGCCCACGAUCCAUCUCUGCUCAGUCACCUUCCAGUGGGGACGCUCGCCCCUUUUCAGCCCAACAGGUGAUAUCAGUAUCACGACCCACGUCAGGGUCUCGGUCACAUUCCUUAAACCGUGUUUCCUCCUACACGAGGCAUCUGCCUCACAGCAGCGAUGCCAGCUCCACCAACCCUCAGAUGAGUGAGUCUUUGCGGCAACUGAAAACAAAAGAACAAGAAGAUGAUCUAACAAGUCAGACCUUAUUUGUUCUCAAGGACAUGAAGAUCCGGUUUCCAGGAAAAUCAGAUGCAGAAUCAGAACUUCUGAUAGAAGAUAUCAUCGAUAACUGGAAGUAUCAUAAAACAAAAGUGGCUUCAUAUUGGCUCAUAAAAUUAGACUCUGUAAAACAACGAAAAGUUUUGGACAUAGUAAAAACAAGUAUUCGUACUGUUCUUCCACGCAUCUGGAAGGUACCUGAUGUUGAGGAGAUAAACUUAUAUCGAAUUUUCAACCGGGUUUUUAAUCGCUUACUCUGGAGUCAUGGCCAAGGAUUGUGGAAUUGUUUCUGUGAUUCAGGAAUCAUAGGGCAAGAAGAAACUAUGAGGAAUAUUUUAAGGCAACAAUCUGUUUGUAGGUUGUAUACCUACUUGAAAAGUGUUUUUCUUGAUCAAAAUAGAUCCUCCUGGGAGAGUAUAUUCAGUAAAAGCCCGGAGGUGGUGACUCCUUUGCAGCUCCAAUGUUGUCAGCGUGUGGUCGAGCUCUGUAAACAGUGCCUGCUAGUGGUUUACAAGUAUGCAACUGACACAAGAGGAUCCUUCUCAGGCAUUGGUCCUGACUGGGGUAAUUCCAGGUAUUUGCUACCAGGAAGUACCCAAUUCUUCAUGAGAACACCAACCUACAACUUGAAAUACAAUUCACCGGGAAUGACUCGCUCCAAUGUUUUGUUUACAUCCCGAUAUGGCCAUUUGUGAAGCGGAAAGGAAGAUCGCCAUGGGUCAUGCAUAAUAGCAAUUCAUUUCCCCCCCUCGAGUUGAACAUGCAAAGAAAAUGACCAUUAAGUGCUGUUUUAUGUAUAUAUGACAUAUAUAUGUGUGAAAAUAUAUACACACAUGUACUCAAAUAACGUAUAUAUUUAUUAUAAUAUAUAAAAGAAGAAUUAGCGGAAAACUGAAUAUAAGACUUAAUAUUUAUGGAACUGUAAUAAACCAUGUGCAAGUUGUUUACACAAAUAUGUGAAUGUCUAGAAUUUGCUAGGUUUCUAAUUCCUUCCUACUAGAAAUGUUAUUUUUGCUGCAGAGUAUAUAAAACACAAUUGAUCUUGAAGAUUCCAUUACAGUGUUAAAUUAUUUUCUAGAUAACAUGCCUUUUGACUUGAAAAGCAUUAAUAGUGUAAUACCUUCUUAAUUCUCUUAUAUACAGUAGACGUUUCAAACGCUAACAAAGAAAAGAUUUAGAAACCUGGCAGAGCUUGACGACAGGAUUAAGUCUAAAACGGGUUUAUUAUUAUUAUUGCACACUGUAAAGUACUAGAAAAAUCUCAGCCUGAUUCUCCAACAUUUUUAUUCAUCUGCGUGGAAAUUUAGUUACUGUAAUCAUGUACGUUUGCAGUAAGGAUCUGGUAAGAUCCCAUUAUGAUCUACAGUGGAAGACAAUCCAGUGGGUUACAAAUAUAACAUAAACUAGCUUUUAUUUUUACUUUUUAUAGGGAGUCACAUAAAGGAACAGAAAAUGCUGUAGCAACAAAAUCUUUCUAUAUGGUUUUUGUGACUCAUACGACUCAUUUUUAUUUGGAAAGUAUAUCUUUGAUAGGUUUAACAUACGGUUAAAAACAAAUUGCACUGUUUUACAGAAAUAGAAGAGCUAACAUUUCAAACUCAUUUUGGUGUUAGAGGAUACUGUGUCACACUUAUUUUGUAAGUCUCUCCAUGUGGAGACCAACUUACCUUGCAGUCUCAUAUAAUAGUUUCUCAUUGCACCAUAGAAAGUCAGUAGUCUAAAUGUGAAUAGAAGAUUCCAAUGACCACAUUUUACUAGGAUUUUUAAAAGCCAAAAUAAAGUAUGAAGUUUUCAUUCUGUCCCAAGUUAUUGUGCAGUUUACUUAGCAAUUUACUUCAUUUUCAUGCUUACAUUUUUGAAAACAGCGAGUGAGCUUUCAGUUUUCCAUAUAAGUAUAAACACUAUCAUUGACACUGAAAAACCUCAGAAAGUACAAAAUUCACCUUUUUCCCAAUGCUUUUAUGUUUUCACACAGAUACUAAAUAUUCGCAAGAUUAACGUAUUACCUUCUCUUCCUAUCCUGAAAGCUGUUUUCAGCAAAUCAAGAAAUGGCCCAAAGCAGGAGAACUAACUGAGAGGAGCAAAAUGGCCUGGUUUCAUUCAUAAGCUGGAUAAUUGGCAACCCAAAGUUGAAAAUUAGUUUUAUUUUGCCUUUAAAGCCAUGUUCUGAGGCUGUGUUAGAAUGAAAUAAUUUUUUUCCCCCUAAAUUAUUGGUAGCUACUUGAUUCUUUGUGACUACCUAACAUCCACAUCCUGGAUCAUUUUUCUUGCUGGAAACGUCCAAAAGAAUCUGCUAUUGUCUGUGUGGAAAAGAGGAUAAAGAUGUCAGGAUGAAGGCAACUACAGUGUAGUUCUGAGUGAUUUUGAUUCCAUUGUGAAUUCUUAAAUAUGUUAGAGAUUUCUCAUAAUGCAAAAAUUGGGAUACUGAAAAAUCUCUUUAGGAAUGAUCAGCAAUCAAGUCUUGCCACGAGGACUUUUGGAAUUUUAAAUCGACGAUUUGGACAUGGAGACACAACUUUAGUCUGUUAUAUAUCAACCCAGCGUGUUGACCACUUGUUUUGUAGUAGCUUAAAUCACACAAAUGUUUACUUAACUUGCUGUAGUGAACAUUUUGUAACUUCUGCCCUUAGUCGUACAAGCAUGAAAUUUUUAUUUAAAACAAUGAAUGCAUAAGAAUGCCCAACACUGGGAGGAAUCCUCCCAGGAAAAAAAAAA